AUGGCGGCAGCACCAGCAGCAGUUUCUGUGUGGCUGUGCCUGCCCUCUCGUUUCCUGGACAUCACGCUCUGCAUUUUCAUGGAGGAAGAGGGCCCAGCUUUCAUACUGCCUUCUGUUCCACGGCCCAAGUCAGAACCUGGAGAGUGGAUUUCAGCAGAGGACCUGUUAUAUGUGAACAUUUCUCAUUGCUGUGGGAAUUGUACAGUGGAGAAAGCAGAGGCUCCCAAAUCUGGUUGUCCUUGCAGAGGAGGUGCUAGGACACCUGAAUCGGGAAGUAGGAGGGGAGAGUCAGCGACACUUGUUUUACACCAUCUGAUUGGUUUGCGACCGCUCAGUCAUGACUCAAACCUGGCUGCAAGGCCAGCACCCUCUUCCCUAUUGGUUGGAACCUCGAGGGGGCAGUCCCAGAGGGUGGACGCUGAUUGGCCAGCAGGUGACCAACGAGAAGUCCGUUUUGUGUCGUGGAAUGUUCGAGGGAAGUCUCGCGUUCGUCGAGGUGGUAGUGGCAGUAACACGGCGUCGUCGUUCCUGACGCACGCCUCCCACCUCUACUUCCUUAAAGCUCGUGACCAGGUCGACCGUCUCCCCUUCGCGGGGUUGGUCCAGACCUGCGGGAUGAGCUCCCACCGUAAGGCGUCUGAUUUUAGGGGGGGAAACGACCCGAAGACCGAGGAGCCGGCUGGCCUUACAGACCCCCGAGCCCCAUGGGCACAAUCACUAGGAACUUAUUUUGGCCAGGGGCAGGGUCAACGCCCGCGCCUGGCUGAGAGUGGGAGUGAUGAAGGGCCUUCAAGACCCCAGGCCCGAAAGUGGCAGUGGGACCUGGAAUCUAGGUCUGAGUCCCAGCUGGAGACGACUCAGGAGGGAACCGAGGUGCUUUGGGGCUGCCAGGCCAGGCCGAACACGCCCACCUCUGAGGGUCAGGGUGCUGUGGACCCAGUGGCACAGUUAGCUGAGGCGUGUGCGGCCAUACUGUGUGUCAGUGCCGCACACAGAUUCCAGAGCACAGAAAGUGGAGCUUCAGACAAGGCCUUCAUUUGGUCGGGGGUGAAGGCAGGUUCCAGCAGUAGAGGCCCACUGGGCCGCAGCGAUGAGGAGUCCCGGCAGGCCUGUGCUGCCGCUUGGCAUAGGGGUGUCUGCACCAAACGCCAGUCCCAUAGCCCUUGUGAGGGAAGAGGCGCCAAACGUCGCUUGAUUUUUGACACUGAUGGCCAGAGCGCCUGCGGGGAAACCCUGCCCCAGCCGCUUUCUGACUCCGAGUCCUCCGAUGAGCUCAUGGACACGAAUCCUGUGAGGGUGAGCAUUCAUGAACAAGAAGACCAGGCAAAGGACAGCAGCUCUGAGGAACUGCCAGAGAGUCCCAGACGCUGCACUGCCCACAGCAAGGCAAAGGUCCCUCCCAUUUCUGGCCCUGUCUUAACCUCUACUCUCCAGGGUCCCACUUGGACCACUGAAAGGCAGGCAGUAGGAGAGUUGGGGCCAUUUUCCUCUAAGAAAAUGAAGAGUGUGGUUUUAAGGGAGGGAGGGGAGAGCCCCACUCACCCAGAAGUUGCUGCUGCAGGGGGCCUACCUCGGGGCACUUUUAAGAGGAAGGCAGUCAAGGUGAAGGCAUCCCUAGAGGAUUCUCCUGAGGUUGUCCUGGGAUCAGCCUUUGCUCCAUGGGGGAGGGGACCAUCAGAAGCCUCUGUGUAUCCAGACACCUUUCCUAAAAUCUCUGGUAUUUCACUACUUGAGAAGCGCAGCCCAUCUUCCUCAUUCCCUUUGGCACCCGAGCAGUCCAAACUGGGUGACCUUGGGAAGCAAUCUCCAGUCAGCAGAACGUCCCAGACAGUGGCUGCAGGAGAUGGUGGACCAAACAGAGAUCCAGACUCAAGGGCUGGACUUCCAACUAAUAAGUCAGCGAUACUUUGCUGGUACAUGCAUCAUGCAGAAUUCAAAAGAGGCCAUCAAGAUUUGGAAAACUCAGAGCCUUUGUCCCUGAGUCAGGACAGUGUCACACUCCAAGGCCCUCUACUGUCUGCUACAACCGUACGGAGCCAGAGUGACACACUGGCAUAUACUGCAGGACUUGGAGGGCUGGCCCAGAAGGGGUGGUGGAUUGGGACCCCUUGGAAGAGUGGCUUCAACAGACAAUGA